CGCUACUACUCUCUUUCUCAUGGCUUCUUCCUCUUCUUCUGCGCCUCGUACUUGGAGAUACCGAGUCUUCACGAGCUUCCACGGAUCAGACGUCCGUACAAGCUUUCUUAGUCAUUUUCGCAAACAGUUUUACUACAACGGGAUUACGAUGUUCGAUGAUCAAAGAAUCGUGAGAGGCGAAACCAUUAGCCCCGCGCUCACGCAAGCAAUUAGAGAAUCGAGGAUCUCUAUCGUAGUGCUCUCUAAGAACUAUGCUUCUUCCAGCUGGUGUUUGGAUGAGUUGUUGUUGAUUUUAAAGUGCAAGGAAGAUAUUGGACAAAUAGUAAUGACUAUCUUCUACGGAGUUGAUCCAUCUGAAGUGCGCAAACAAACUGGAGAUUUCGGAAACGCUUUCAGAGAAACUUGUGCUCGUAAAACAGAGGAGGAAAGGCAAAAAUGGAGCCAUGCUUUGGCCUAUGUGGGCAACAUUGCCGGUGAACACUUGCUAAACUGGGACAAUGAAGCAAAAAUGAUCGAGAAAAUUGCAAGAGAUGUUUCAGACAAACUAAACGUUACACCAUCUAAGGAUUUUGAUGGCAUGGUGGGGAUUGAGGCUCACAUGAGGAAAAUUCAGUCUUUGCUAGAUUUAGAUAAUCAUGGGGUUAAGAUAGUUGCAAUCUCUGGUCCUGCAGGCAUUGGUAAAAGUACCAUUGCUAGAGCUUUACAUAGUCUACUCUCUAAUAAGUUUCAGCUUACUUGUUUUGUGGACAACCAGAGGGGAUGCCAUCCCACUGGUCUUGAUGAUUAUGCUUUUAGAUCAUAUCAAGAAAAAUAUGCUUUUAGUGAAAACUAUCUAAAUAAUGGCUUUGGAAGGCUGUUAAGGGUAAUUGAGCUUUGUGGAAAGCUUCCGCUGGGUCUACGUGUGGUCGGUUCAUCUUUAUAAGGGAAGAAUGACGAAGAAUGGGAAUAUGUAAUACGAAGGCUAGACACUAUCAUUGAUCGAGAUAUCGAAGAAGUACUGAGAGUCGGUUAUGAGAGUUUACAUGAGAAUGAGCAAUCUCUGUUUCUUCACAUUGCAAUCUUCUUCAACCAUGAAGAUGGUGAUCUUGUGAAAGCCAUGCUCGCUAACAAUAACUUAGAUAUCGAACACGAGUUGAAUAUCCUAGUAAACAAAUCUCUCAUCUAUAUAUCUACGGAUGGAAGAAUAAGAAUGCACAAGUUACUACAACAUGUGGGCAGACAAGCCAAUCAAAGAGAAGAGCCUUGGAAACGUCGGAUCUUAAUUGAUGCCGAAGAGAUCUGUCAUGUCCUUGAAAAUGAAACAGGUACUGGAGCUCUGUCUGGCAUAUCAUUUGAUACAUCAGGAAUUAACGAAGUGAGUAUAAGCAAUAGAGCUCUUAGAAGAAUGUGUAAUCUUCGAUUCCUAAAUGUUUACAAGACAAGACGUGAUUGGUAUAAUAGAAUGGAUAUACCAGAGGACAUAGAGUUUCCACCUCGACUAAGGUUACUACAUUGGGAUGCAUACCCAAGCAAGCAUCUUCCUCUUAAAUUUAGCGCGGAAAAUCUCGUUGAACUCGAUAUGCAAAGUAGCCGGCUCGAGUACCUCUGGCAAGGAACUCAGCUGCUAACGAAACUAAAGAAGUUAGAUUUGAAAUUUUCAUAUAUGCUGAAGGAACUCCCAGAUCUUACAUAUGCUACAAAUUUGGAGAGGUUGGAUCUGGGUAUUUGCCUUGGUUUGACGGAGCUUCCAUCUUCUAUCGGGAAUUUUCAUAAACUAGAUGUGUUAUCUAUGGAUGGCUGCAAAAGUCUUCAAGUCAUACCAACUAACAUCAACUUGGCCUCCCUUAAGAUUAUGUACAUGACUGGAUGCUCACAAUUGAAAACUUUUCCAGAUUUCUCUACCAACAUUCAGAGCUUCUGUCUCGCUAGAACAGGUUUAGAAGAAGUGCCUGCAUCACUUAGGCAUUGCUCUCGACUUUUGCAUCUUGAUUUACGUGGCAGUCGAGAUCUCAAGAGCAUAACACAUCUACCCUCGAGUAUAAAGACACUAGAUCUAAGCUCUACUGAUAUUGAGGUGAUUGCAGAUUGCAUCAAAGGUUUACAAAGGUUAUACCACUUUAGUCUAUGUCGCUGUAGAAAACUGAAAUCAGUACCAGAGCUUCCUCCUUCGCUCAAGUUCCUAACGGCAGAAGAUUGUGAAUCACUGGAGAGUGUAACUUACCCUUUAAACACUCCAGAAGCGCAACUCAAUUUCAGCAACUGCUUCAGACUUGGUGAAGAAGCACAGAGAGUAAUUAUCCAACGGUCUCUUGUCGAGCACGCAUGGUUCCCUGGAAGCGUAGUGCCUAGUGAGUUCCAUCACAGAGCCACAGGUAACACUUUGUACAUUCGUCACACAUGUUCUAUAUCCUCCACGUUUAAGGCCUGCGUGGUGAUUGCGCCUAACCAACCCCUAUGGAAAAGAAACCAAAGACGUGUUGAACUACGGUGUCGUGUCACAUGCGAAAGGGGAUGGUAUAUUGGAAGUGGAGUUGUUUCCUUAGAACACCCAAAUCAUUCUACUGGAAUCCGAACGAAGCAUCUGUGUGUAUUUAAUGGUAUCUUGCAUGAUGUUAGAAGCGAUGCAUUGUUUGUAUUCCAAAUCAGCGGCUCCACUCCUUUGGACAACUACGAGAUUACUGAAUGUGGUGUACAAACCUUGACGAACGAAACAGAGAGAAGCAGCGACAUGGGCAGUGAAGAUUACGAUAACGAGUCUGAUCUCAGCGAGGUGUUGGAAGACUCUGAAGAUGGACUAAGCAACUGGGACUCGGUAUCAGACGACGCGUCCAAUGAACGAGGCACUCUCUUGUAAAGGCUAUGUAAUCGAAUACGUAGGAUUUGGGUUCGGAUUUGAGGAUAGGGACCAGGGUUAGUGUUCCUACAAGACUAAUAAAAUUUCUUCCUUUUUUCUCUGUAGCGGCGAUGUUGAGUUUUCUCGAACACCUCUUCAUCGCCAGGUUUUGUUUGUUGAGUUUAUUUAGGGUUUUCUAACGAUUCUAUGUUUAUUACAUAUACAAAGCUCUCUUUUGAUUGCGUGAUUUUGUGUUUUUAGAUUUCGAAAUCUCUCUAUUGCAGAUUCAGAAACUUCGAUUUUGACUUUUUUUUUUUUCAAUUGAUUCCGAAACCUUUCAUUAAUUUGAAUUUGUAUGUUGAUUCUGCAAUUGAUUUUUUUUUUUUUUAUGAUUUACAUUGUAAGACUUGUCAUAUUGAUGGGGAUAUAUUCAAUGUUCUGCUUUAAAUUCGUA